UCAGAGGUGUUGGGUGCUGCUGAAGCCAUGCGGAUUAUUCUGGUGCUUGCUCUCUGCGGCCUCGCUGCAGCCGUGCCCUCGGAGGACAGGAAGCUGAGCGACAAGGCAACAACGCUGGCUGACCGCAGCACAACGCUGGCCUUCAACCUCUACCAUGCCAUGGCGAAAGACAAGAACAUGGAGAACAUCCUGCUGUCCCCCGUGGUCGUGGCCUCUUCCCUCGGCCUCGUGUCUCUUGGGGGCAAGGCCACAACCGCCUCCCAAGCCAAAGCAGUGCUCAGCGCAGACAAACUGAACGACGACUACAUGCACAGCGGGUUGUCCGAGCUCCUGAAUGAGGUUAGCAACAGCACAGCCCGCAACGUCACCUGGAAGAUCGGCAACCGCUUGUAUGGCCCUGCCUCCAUCAACUUCGCCGAUGACUUUGUGAAGAACAGCAAGAAACACUACAACUACGAGCAUUCCAAGAUCAACUUCCGAGACAAGAGGAGCGCCCUGAAAUCCAUUAACGAGUGGGCAGCCCAGACCACGGAUGGGAAACUCCCAGAGGUCACGAAAGACGUUGAGAAAACUGAUGGGGCCCUCAUUGUCAAUGCCAUGUUCUUCAAGCCUCACUGGGAUGAGAAGUUCCAUCAUAAGAUGGUGGACAACCGUGGCUUCAUGGUGACCCGUUCCUACACUGUGGGAGUUCCCAUGAUGCAUCGCACAGGUCUCUACAAUUACUAUGAUGAUGAGACAGAGAAGCUCCAGGUGGUAGAGAUGCCACUUGCUCACAAGCUCUCCAGCAUGAUCUUUAUCAUGCCAAACCAUGUGGAGCCUCUGGAGAGGGUUGAGAAACUGCUGAACAGGGAGCAGCUAAAGGCCUGGGCUGGCAAGAUGAAGAAGAGAUCAGUGGCCAUCUCGCUGCCUAAAGUCAUCCUGGAAGUCAGCCACGACCUUCAGAAACAUUUGGCUGAUCUGGGCCUGACAGAAGCAAUUGACAAAACCAAGGCUGACUUGUCAAAGAUCUCUGGCAAGAAAGACCUUUACCUGUCCAACGUCUUCCACGCUGCUGCUCUUGAAUGGGACACGGAAGGGAACCCCUACGAUGCUGACAUCUAUGGCCGAGAGGAGAUGAGGAACCCCAAGCUCUUCUAUGCUGACCACCCCUUCAUCUUCAUGAUCAAGGACAGUAAAACCAACUCCAUUCUCUUCAUCGGCAGGCUCGUGAGGCCCAAAGGGGACAAGAUGCGUGAUGAGUUGUAGUUAGGGUUUUUUUUCCCAGAGCUUUGGUUUGUGUUUUUUAGUGGGGGAUUUCAAAAAAGGGGAAACACUAUUUUGUAUCCUUCUCGAACUAUGGGUGCUAUUCAGACCAGGGUGCAUUGUGAUGAGAAACCAGCAUACACUUUACCUCACCCCAAAAUACUUAUUGCACAAACCCACCUCCAGAGAGGAACAGGGGAGCCUGGCACAAGAGGGUCACCGGGAGUGGAAGGGAACUGGCAUGCACUGUCUCAGCUACUGGCAUCCUCAGCUGAGAUGUUCAGGCUGAUGCCUAGCUCCUCCCUGCACUAGAGUUAAGCCUCCUGGCUAAGUACCUUGCUGCUACCAUCAGCCCCGCAAAGGCACAAGCCCUCCACCCUUCCAUCUCAAAUGCUUCUGCACAUUUAGCUCUGCCACUUACUUUUCUCCCCCUUUGAUGCUACGAGGCACCGCACUAGAGCUGCUCUGGCCGCUUUGCAGUUGUUCCUUGCUUCCCUCUUCUAUCUUCAGUAGUAUAUAACAGAGCACGAAGGGCCAAUUCUGCAGUCCAGCCCCCUCUAUGGCCCUGGGAGCAGAGGAGGACCGUGACAGCAUGUAAGAACAGAGAUUGUAUGGAGUUGUGCCCUUCUGUCCUGCCUAACCCUGCUCUGGACGACUGUCAGAUGCUUCAACCACAGCAGGUCGUCAGCUCCUUAGCUAGAACACUCACUGCAAAGCCAAGCGCAGCUUUGCUCAACACCUCACAGAGAAGUAAGUGGCUUAGGGGUGUCAGCAGAGAGGCCAAGGAGCAGAUGGGCUUCUAGAAAGAUAAACGUGAGUACCCUUCAACACUCUUGCAUGACAGAAAUGGCUGUGCUCCACCCCUCUGGGGAUCACGAAGGGGGCUCUUGGGCCAACAUCUGGAAUUAAAACAUCCUGUACCAGGCAGAGGAACUCCACUUGUCUUGGUGCUUCUGCAUCACACAUAGGGCUGGGAAAAAGACAGUUACCACUGUGAAGGUUCUUCCCAGUUAUGACCAGGGCUGGUACCUAUCAGCUCCCGUAGCAGGCCAAGGGACUCCUGCUGGCUUCUCACAGGGAGGUGGAUCAGGUUCACUUCCCCUUUCUUGUUUAAAUACAAAGCUUGAGAGCUGCCGUUACCUGACUUCCUAACGACCCUUUUCUGAAGCUCCUCUCCUCCGUGAUGCUUUAGCUCCCUGUUGACUGACCUGGAUAAGGGCAUGCUGAAAAACAAAUGUAUUUAUAGUUAUACUCAUAUUUAUGUCUGAUAAUUAGCAAAUUUCACAGCCUGCUCCAGCCUAGACUUGGAGGCUAUUCCUAUCUUCAAGGGAUAUCAUCAGGUUAAUACUAUUUAAAGAAGUAACUGAUAUGACCCCAUGAGCAUUGAAGCAUGCGUCAGGUAAGCCUUGCUAUGCACUGAGACAUUGCAAAGCAAGUAACAACAAGACUAUUGAAAUGAGAGAAAUCUGUGCAUCACCAUCCUAAGUGCCAGUUACUGGAAACCAGCAAGGACAGUGACUGCAUUGCUUUUACUUCCCUGCCAAUGUGCUUGCUGUCAGCUGUUGCUACACAGAAGCCCAAUACUGCAUUUUUUCAGGCCAUACACAGGACUACUUCCACUUAUUUAUUAAGUUACAACUACAAAGUCAUAUUAGGUGGUUCCUACAGGCAAAAAUACAGGAGCUUGCGCCCCCAAGUUUGACCCGACCAUGCCUUCUCCAAGUUUGCAAGGUUACACAAUUGCAGAAAAGCUCGUCUGCCCUAAUUCCUAUCCAAGCCAGCUGGAAUGGGAGAUCUUGUCCCUAACUCUCUUCCCAGAUCAUACUCCCAGGUGCUUUCCCCACCGUGCUGGGAGGUAGGAGGCAAUCCAUAAGGAUGUACCCAAAUGCACAGGAAGCCUAAAGCCCAGUGUGUAUGCCAGACACUACCCGGUGAAUCAGCGCACCAACA